GGCAACUGAGAGGCUAUAAUCUAAAAUGCAAGGUUCAUACAAUAAAUUUGUAAGGAGCGCUGGGGAGACGAAUUUUGUAUCCUUCCAAGAUUUGGGUUGGUGCUAAGAUUCUAAAGAGCAGCGCUUCGCCUGUGCGGAACCUGUGACAACAACAGGGAAGAAGAAAAGGGUGUUGAUCUUGUUUGCUCUUUGUGGAGGAAUCAAGUACAGUUACUCAAGACGGCAGGCAAUCGGGCAGCAAAGCCAACAAGCAGCACACGAUCAACGUAAUUUUGACACCACAACACCACCAUGGCGGAAGAAUACGUAGAAGAAUCCUACGAGACGGAGGAAAUGGUCGCGGCGGCUGCAGCUGUUGCUGAAAGUGAGGGCUACGAAUCGGAACCAGCGCGACACACAAAGUUUCUCGACUUGACCAAGGCGGAAGGCGCUAUUGCUGCAGGCGCUUCUGUGGGCUUUUAUGGGGACGUCGAAGCCACUGGCAACAAUACAUCGGCAAAGACGGUGGCAUCCGCCAGUGGAAGCGCCUCUCAGGACGAAGUCGAUGCGCUUGUCGAUGCACACCUUCGCCAAACCAACAACAACCCUGCAGCAAGGGGGACUAUUCGUGUAGAUCCAAACACUCCGGGAAAAGUUGUCGAGGCUGGGCAGGAACAUACGGGCCGUUGGACUAAGGAAGAGCAUGAGGCAUUCUUGAGUGCUCUCCAAAUGUAUGGAAAAGAAUGGAAGAAAGUAGCGGCCAAGGUCAAGACUCGAACUGUCGUACAGACUAGGACACAUGCGCAGAAAUACUUUCAAAAACUACAGAAAGCCAUGGAGUCUGGGGGAGCCAAAGAGGAUAUUGGAGCCGUCGAAAUGGGAACGGCACCCGAAGCCAAAAAGGCAUCUUCCACGAAAAAGAAGCGUGGAAACACUCCCUCUAUUGCUGCCAAACCUCGGCCACCCAACAUUUCCGCCAUUUCAAGUCUUACAUCGGCGGCGCAAAGCAUCCAAACUCCUACCGGGGAUUCUCAGGCUAGAUUGAACAAUGUUGCGGGAUUUGGUGCGCCAGCGGCGACAGCAGCGACUGCCGCUGUUGCACCUGCUGCUGUUGCGCCACCUGCAGCAGGAGGAGGAUCCGGUAUGGGAUUAUCGACCACUGCCGCGGCAAUCUUGAGUAGAACACAGGCUGGGCAAGCACAAUUCCCUCGUCAUGGAUUCUCAACGGGCUCGGACUCGUCGUUCCGUUCACAGUAUGCUAGUGGUUACCAGCCACUCAAUGAUCGAGGCUGGGCGGGCAGCACUUCGAUGAAGAUUACCGCACCGGAUCCAGAUGCAAGUAUUAAAAGUGGCAGUUUCCCCGAGCCGUCUCCUGCGGCAUGUGGAAAACGAAAGCUUGCGGAAAUCGCAGCGGCGCGAAUGUUGGCUGGUGUCGCCGCUGGUGGUAAGCCACUUCUUCUGUCCGCUGUCGGAAAUGAGGCCGAUGGAGAUGUCACUCCCCCCCCUGGAUCUCCUGGUCACGCAGAGGCUCCUGGAUUGACCCUUAAUGACGUACCGGCGCCACCAUUGAUUGGAGGUGGAGGAGCGGGGUUGGGUGUCGGCAUGAACGCGGCGAGAAAGGCAGCGCAGUCAUUGCAAAUUGUGAAUCCAGAAUCUCUGGGUGUGGAUUAUGACGAGUCUAAGAGGAGACGUGCAAAUGGUGAUGGGUCUCCUCAAACUCCGUGGGAAGGGCAACUGAAGGCUCUAGUGAGCAUCAAGGACAAGCAGGAUAAAAUGGAAGAAGAUACACCAGAGACCGAAGAAGAGAAGAAGCCGACAAUGAUACUAGUGCCUGAAGGCGGCAUCCACCCUGUGUGCGGCCCAGGAUCCUCGUUUGCCAGAGCUCCCCUGCACCGAGCUGUUUGCGAAAUGGAUUUGGCUGGCUUACAAAGCGAAUUGUCAGCAGCUGCGAAUGGAAACGUUGGAGUUCUCAGCAAUCGUGACGAGUUGGGCUAUACACCACUUCAUUCGGCAUGUGCUCUGGGUUUGAUUGGGUUGAAUAGGCCUGAUGUCCCUUGUGAAAUGGUUCGACAGCUCGUUGCGGCAGGUGCAGAACCAUCAUUGGAAGAUGAGAAUGGCAAUACACCGCUUCAUUGGUCGGCACGUGCGGGUGACAAAGACGUGGCAGAAUUGUUGCUCAGAAAGAAUUGCCCCAAAGACGCUGCCAACAGACAAGGAGAAACACCGUUGCAUUGGGCAAUGCGCGCCGGCAGAAAAGGAAUGGAAGUCGUUGGUGUUCUGUUGGAAAACGGAGCUCGUGCCUCCAGUCUCAACAAAUCCUUCAAACGUCCGGUGGAUGUUGCAGCUGAUGGCUUUGAGGAUGACCCAAAUACUAGUGCUCCAAAGAGGCAGCUCGAAAAGCCACUCGAAAAGAAGAAGAGAGUCACGAAAGAGGAAAAGAGGGUUCUGCUCGAAGUCACAGAAGAGAGGAAAGAAGUUCGAGAAAAUCUCCUGAAACGAUCUGCUCAGUCGAGAACGCUGGUGUUGCAUCACCCCGAAUGCCUCGAACACACACCAAAAUCAUCUUCUGAUUGGGAAGCUCCGGAUCGUAUUACAGCCAUCAUGGGUCGAGUCGCGCCACCAGAUGCCGACGUAGCUGGAAAAUCAGUGCUAAUGCCAUAUGAAGUGACACUCUCCAGCGAAUUUGAAAGAGCAAAACUUGAUUUGUUAAGUCGAGUGCACAGCACAGAUUAUUUGGCAUUUGUCAACGAUUUGAGCAAAGACUUGGAGAAGAGACAGAAAGAAGAGGAAGAAGCAGCUGGAGACGAAGAGGACGCUUCCAGAUCCGGCGCGCUCACUCCUCCUGUCGUACCUUUCACACCCAUGGUUCAACGCUCCAUGAUCAAGAUCGAAGAAUCGCGCGUGAAGCUUGGGGCUCAUUCCGAUACCUCCUUUAGUGUUGGCUCGUUGAGGGCUGCUCGGCGGGCAGCGGGGGCGGUCCAGCAUGCUGUUGAUUGUGUUUUGGUGGGAAGAAACAGAAACGCAAUGUGCAUCGUGAGACCUCCUGGGCAUCAUGCUGGUGUAAAUGGUCUCUUGGACGGUGGGGAGUCAUGUGGGUUUUGCAUAUUCAAUAAUGUUGCAGCAGGAGCUCUUCACGCAAUAUCGGACGAACGGCUGCUGUGUGAGCGUUGCGCGAUUGUCGACAUUGAUGUGCACCAUGGGAACGGGACAGAAGAAAUUGUGAAGAAAUGUCACGAUCCGGGGAAGCUGUUUUUCUUUUCAAUCCACUUGUAUGACAAUGAGAAGAAAAAGCAGAAGAGCAAUGCAUUUCAGUACAAAUUUUAUCCUGGUACGGGAGCGGAAGAUGAUGUUGCGUUCAACAUUAUCAACGUCGCCAUUACACCGUUGUGGAAAGAGCCAAGUACAGAGAAAGCAGUGAACACGCAUAACACACGUCAGAAAACUCGACAAAAAAUUACUGCCACUGAAUCAAACGACGAUUCAGAAAUGAGCACACCACGUGAUUCCAAGGACAACGGCAGAUUCAGCGACGCCGAUAGUGAGACUCCAACGUCCGCGGCGAAACCCACUGUAAACACGCCAGCUGUGGCCGCAUCAUCAUCGUCGGCGUCUUCAACAACGUCUGGCACCGCAGGUAGAUAUGCCUACCGCCAGGCUAUUCAAAACCGGCUGCUUCCUGCGCUGCGAGCCUUCAACCCUGAUUUGAUUCUGAUCAGUGCAGGUUUUGAUGCUGCUCGUUUGGAUGUGGGUAAUGCCAGACACGAACGCGGCGGCGAAAGGAUGGGGCUUGAUUUGGAGCCUGAGGACUAUGCGUGGACAACUCGAAAAAUCUUGGAGAUUGCUGACAUUUGCUGCCAAGGUCGUGUAGUCUCGGUGCUCGAGGGUGGGUACGGGAGAUCUACGCCGGGUCCUGGACUGGAACUUGACCGAUCCAACUUGGCGGAAUGCGCAGUGCGGCAUCUUCAUUCCAUGGUAGACCCCUAUGAUUGUGAGUGUCGCUUCCCGGUCUAGGAGGUGUCUUUUUUGUUGUUGAAAGGCCGGGAAAGCUAUUGUAAUUUGUUGUCUACCGUUGGCGAUUAUAAUUGUUACCAUUGGUUGCUGUUACGGUAUGGCUACCUGGUACCAUAGCUAGCAAUUUAGUUUGUCGUUCGAUCGUGCCCCAAUGACAAGUCCAAGGUCUUCUCGGAAGUUCCAAUGACACAGGUUACACGUGUUGAUUCUAAUUCGAUUAUGUUACACUGUGGCGACCCCCAAGAAGUAUGCUGCAUCGUACCAGUAGUGCCGAUCCGACCAAGAAACGGAGACCAGGCAGCUGGCCAGCUAGACAUUUGAACUCAAAGCAGCCACUGAAAUAAUGCAUGCUGUUGACGAAAAGAUGAAGAAACGUAGUUGUUUAGGCUGCAAAUCCGUGGGGGGCGCAAGCGCUUUGAAAACGUUGUUCACUAAAGUUGGAGCUAGCUUGGUCAUACAUCAGAUGUUAGCGUAUCAGACGUCGCUAACAUCGGCACCGUUCCAGUAAACAAAGAGAAGUUACGGCAGUUCGAGACCGCCGAAGGAAGCAUGAAAAGAGACUUCUCCUGGUGCCUUGUAGCUUGAUAUACUAAUUGAUCGAUUGCAGCUCAUGCAUGUGGCUCGUCAAGUGAUGUUGCCACAUCUCUAUUCUGAGGAUGACUCGUAGAUUGUCUUGGACGUUUGCAUGCCCUGCAAGUCUUCCGUGGGGCAUCCAACUGUGGGAUCAAUCAAACCUAGGACGCAGCACGGUACUGGUAGAGGAUCUGGCAUCAUCGAUCAACGACGAUUUGAUCCAUUCUUCACCCGUUGUUUCCUUUUCCACGCAGCGAAUGCCAAUAGCCCCAACGACGAGAUACCUACCCCACGUUGGCGGCCAUUCACCCCGCUCAUUCGGGGGAUCAACGUGAUGACCUGUUUCAGAAUGGCAGCCCGCGUCUCGCGUGUUCCAUUAUUUGCAUCGCUCGGAAGUGCAGUCAACAAAGUCAGUGCUCCCAUAAUGACAGAGGACAGUCCAGCUAACGACGCCAUUUCGAGCAAAAAAAUUGCAAUCUUCCUUGCACGGCUGCUGAUGCGAAGCUGAAUCGCCAAGGAUACUGUUGCAGCCAGACCCACUGCAGCCACAAUCUUGGACUCUUGGUUUCCGAAUUUGAGCAUCUGAUGGAGGUGUUCCAUAAGAGUUUUCCGGAGUAUCGAUUGAAUUGUUUUGGACAGCAAGACAUAGUCUCUAGACACGUUGUUGCUUAUUGUUGAGCUCUCCACGAUUUCGUUGCUACUCUGCUUUUGUGGGUCGCUUGUGAGUUGCCCCGGCUUGGUAACAAUUUGGAAUCCUUCUUCUGUUGAAAGAUUUUUUGGCUCGCUAUCAUUCUGAUCCUCAGCAGCUGGUUCCUCUGAUUUUGGUUCCUCCGAAUCCGAGCUGCUAUGGUCCUCGGAAUCUUUUGUCUCCGUCGUUGUGUCACCAUCUAGCCAGCGCAAGAAGGACUUCGGAAACAACUCUUGCUUGAAUCCUCCUGGUUCAAAAAGAAUUCGGUUUGCUGUUUGUUCAUCGACUCCAAGGGAAGCUUGUGUCAGCGUCACUCUUUGAGAAGCAGUUGCUGGGAGACUGUACAUCCACAUGGCUUGGCCUAGAAUCGUCUCGGUGAACAAGCCAUACCAGCUGAAUGCAGGCUUGAAGAAGAGUAUCAAUGCGUCAUCCCAGACAACACUAUCCAGCCAUCUCUGAAUGAUAGCACGACAUUGCCGUUCUCCUACACGCCUCGCAUCAACUACUAAAAGCGCAAAGCCAAAGAAAAGUAGUCCGAGUUGCGCGAAAGAGAACCACGACAGGGUUCGCAGGAACAAGCAAAGCGCCCAGGAAGAACCAAUCGCAAUCAGAGCGGGCCCCCGAAGCAAGACAAGGCUGCUGCUAAUGUUGAUAUCGGGCUUGGCUGCGGAUUCCAUUCUACAAACGUCUUGCUUUCAAGGAGGAGUGAACCAUGGUCGUUGCGACCCGCCGUUGUGUUGUGGAAGGGAAGGUGUCGUCGACGCUUCCAAAAUUCAGAGACAACGGUAAGGUUAGAGGUGUUCAAGCUUUUAAGCCGGUCAAGUGGGUUAAGCGAAGACAACCAGACCUGACCCUUUCGGGAUCAUGAUGUGGUAUUUGCAUUGCACUGCCAUAUCUUCCAGACCAAUGGAGACCGUACCGGUACAUGUACCAUCCCAAGCAUUGUCUCUCGCGCUCUUAACUUGUGUCACCAUACAAUUAAUUGGUUCAAACAGAAAUGGCCCAAUGAAUGAAUUGCCUUUUAUUAAGCAGCAUCAGACCUGGAUUAACGAGCUACUCUGUAUGGUACCGGUGCAUGGGAAAAGCGAGCCUGUUACGGCAGCGUGCAGUGGAUGAAAGUGAGCCAAUUAUGAGCACUGGCUUGAUCAGAGUUCAACCAAUGGCGGGGACCUAGUAGAGUCUAUGACAGUACUGAUAUUUGCAAACUACAUGUAUUGCAAUGAACAUUUUGUGUAUGCACAGUAGUUUGCAAAAGG